GAUUGCGAUUGGAUUGGGCUUCUUUUUGUGGUCGUGCAUCCCACGUACUCAUGUAUUUACUUGAUUAAACUUUAUUUAGAAGAAGAAUUGAAGUGAAUUCAUUACAGAAGUAAAUAAACUUAACAAGAUGCAAGGUCCGGCAGUGUUUAUGGAUAUAUCCCUUGAGGAUCAAGCUCAGGAAUUAAGAAAAUACUUCAAGAGUCUCGGUGCUGAAAUAUCUGAGGAGAAGUCACCUAAAGGUAUUGAAGAUGAUUUGCACAAAAUUAUUGGUGUCUGUGAUGUGUGCUUUAAAGAGAAUAAUGAGGCCGAUAUUGAAGCAAUUUUAAACAGUAUUGUCUCCAUCAUGGUUUCUAUUCCAUUGGAGCGUGGAGAGAACUUGAUUGUAGCAUUUAGUCAACGAUUGGGUAAAGCUCCUGGGCCCAAACUUGGCUUGGUGGCAUUACAAUCAUUAUGGCGUCUAUAUAACAAUCUGGAGCCCAACUCUCCCCUAAGGUACCACGUGUACUACCAUGUGAUUGAACUGGCGGCACGGGUUGGUGCUGUCGGAGAUGUGUUCAAGAGUGUGGAACAACUGAAGAAAGAGUUUGCGAGCUGCCCUCCGUCUAAUGAACAGAUGCAGAAGUUAUAUAGGCUGCUACAUCAAGUUUUGAAGGACCAAAACAGUGAACUCGCGUCAAAAGUGAUGAUUGAGUUACUAGGCACAUACACAGAUGAGAAUGCCUCAUACGCUAGAGAAGAUGCCAUUAAAUGUAUUGUCACAGCAUUAGCUGACCCCACAUCAUUCCUCUUGGACCCCCUUCUGGAACUGAAACCAGUGCGUUUCCUUGAAGGGGAGGUUAUUCACGACUUAUUAACAAUAUUUGUAUCGGAAAAACUAUCCAGCUAUCAAAAGUUCUAUGAAAACCAUAAAGAGUUUGUUCAUUCCCAAGGUCUAAACCAUGAACAGAAUAUUAAGAAAAUGAGGAUAUUAACAUUCAUGCAAAUGGCUGAAUCAAAUCCUGAACUGUCAUUUGAUGAGAUUACAUCCGAACUUCAGAUUGAAGAGAAAGAUGUUGAAGCUUUUAUUAUUGAAGUACUGAAAACGCGUCUAGUCCGUGCGCGCGUGAACCAAGCGCAGCGCCUCGUGCGCGUAUCGAGCACGAUGCACCGCACGUUCGGGCGCGCGCAGUGGUGCCAACUGCGCGACGUGCUACUCGCGUGGCGCGCGAACGUGCACCAGGCGCAUGAGGCGAUGAAGUCCGUGGCCACCGCGCAGAUCGAGUACGCCGCGCAGCAGUUGCCGAAACCCUGAGAGCGCACGCCAUAGCUAAACAUAGGUGUUUGAAUUUCGAACUAAUUAGUGUUGCGGUUUUGGAACGUUGAUUAGUUUUAGAUUUUUGUUAUCUGUUGUAGAUUGACAGCUGUCAGUGUCAAAAUGUUUUGAUAUAGUAAUGUCAGAUUGGUUUUUAUUUUGUUUAAUUUAUGAAACUAUGAAACAUACUUUAUAUAAUUAAGAUGCGUAUUAUUGAUAUUACGCAAAUUCACAAAUGUAUUUUGUAUUCAUAUAAAAAAAUUACCCUAUCUACCAUACCAUAAAGAUCUUUCCAACUUUGAUUCUAUAAUUAGUUGGCUACUAUGACAGAUAACACCUAUGUUUAGCAAAUAAAUGCGAUGGGAAUAUUACACAAUAAUAGAAAAAUAAUAUUGGAACUUGCGACAUAUUGAAUUAAUGGUAAAAAAAUGAAUGAGAAAACUCUAUAACCGUCAUGAAAUUUUAUGUAUCAAUCAUAAAAAGAAAUUUGAAAUAGUAUUUGAAGUGAAACUUUUUUAUCGGGGUUGGAAAAAAAUUUAGUGUAACAUUUUUUCGUUACGCGCCAUCUUUUUCUUAUCCGCUACCACGCGUGAUUCGACGUAUUUCUGUAAAGUUGCAUAUAGGUAGUAAAUAAUUUUUUGAAAAAUAAGGUUAUACAGAAGUUUCACUUCUUACGUGUGUACACUAGUACACGCACACAUUUUUUUAUUCUAUUGUUAUCAAACGCAGUUAAUGAAAGCAUUUUUAAAGUAAGUAGUGUGUCGCAUCCACAGAAAAAAUAAUCUGAACAUUGGUUUAGAAACAACACAGUAUGCAAUUAUAUUCAUUUUCUUAAAGUUCAAGUUUAAAAAAUCUUGUAAAAAGUAAUAUUGUCACAAUUUUGUAUGAAAAUCUUUCUUUACAACUGAAAAUAAAGUAUUGGAAGUUAA